ACGUUUCUCAUUUCACAUUGCCGCAAUAGACCUACUUUUACAAGCGCGCUUAGAUUAAACUAUAUGCGAUUACUGACAGUAUUGUAUAAGUAUCUCUCUGAUACACAUCAAUGAAUCACGCGUCUGAUAGUAUAUUCUUACAUAAUAAACAUAAAUGUAUAUUAUCUUCAUUCAAGAGAGUCAAAUUUUUCUCUGUAGUGUUUACAAGCAGUUUUUUGCCACAGACUGUUUUGCCACAAACUGAAAACAUUUAAAAACUAAUUGCUUCAAUAUGUUGAGCAAAGUGCUAAGUCACAAAGUGAACAAGAUACUUAUUCAUCUUUUCAAUAUCGCUAUCAUAAUCGUUUCGAUACAAUCGGAUAGACAAUUUUCACCGAAACGGUACAGUAAUCUCUACGGUGAUGAGAAUAUAUUAAAUUUAUCAAAUAUACUUGAAACCAAGUUUGGAAUUUUAAACUUACUGGAAAAAGGUCAACAUUAUCUAAAUCAGGAAAUACCGGACAUGACCCCUGAAUACGAAGAUGUAUACGAUUUUGUGGUGAUUGGUGCUGGCACGGCCGGUGCCACGAUAGCCGCGAGAUUAAGUGAAAUUCCUCAAGUCAAGAUAUUGCUGAUCGAAGCUGGAUCUAACGAGAAUAUUCUCAUGGACAUUCCGCUAGCUGUUCCUCUUCUACAGCUAAGUAAUGACAUCAAUUGGAAAUAUCGGACAAAGCCAUCCAAUAGAUAUUGUCUCGGUAUGGAUAACAAUAGUUGUAACUGGCCUAGAGGAAAAGUGAUGGGCGGUAGCAGUGUGCUAAACUACAUGAUUGCUACCAGAGGCGGCGCCGAGGAUUACGAUCGCUGGGCUGAAAUGGGAAAUGAAGGCUGGGCUUACAAAGACAUUCUCAAGUAUUUCAAGAAAUUGGAAACAAUCGAUAUCCCGGAAUUACAGUCAGAUAUUAUCUAUCAUGGAACUAAAGGACCAGUACACAUUAGCUAUCCGUCAUUCCAUACACCAUUAGCAGAGGCAUUCUUAAAAGCUGGCAAAGAGCUAAAAUAUCCAUUAGUAGAUUACAACGGAAAAGAUAUGAUAGGAUUCUCAUAUUUGCAGUGCACGAUUAUGAACGGCACUCGCAUGAGCAGUAAUAAAGCAUACUUGUACCCUAUACAUAAUCGCAAAAAUCUUCACGUGACUCGUCACAGCAUGGUGAGAAAAGUGCUAAUCGAUCGUCGUACAAAUCGUGCGAUUGGUGUAGAGUUCAUUAAAUAUGGUCGGGUUAUCUCCGUCCUGGCAAGCAAAGAAGUGAUAUUGUGCGCAGGUGCAAUUGGAUCGCCGCAGUUGCUAAUGUUAUCCGGCAUUGGACCGGCUGAACAUCUUACCAAACUCGGUAUAGAUGUUAUUCGAAAUGCGCCGGUCGGAGAGAAUCUAAUGGAUCACGUGCUUUACAGCGGACUGACAUGGAUAAUUAAUGCAUCAAUAAGUAUAAAAAUGCAUGACAUGUUGAAUCCGGUUCAUCCAUAUCUAGCGGAUUUCCUAACAAAAAAAACCGGACCUUUUACGAUUCCGGGCGCAGCAGAGGCUCUCGCUUUUAUCAAUACUAAGGAUCUAAAAAAACGCACCGGUUUACCGGAUAUAGAAUUAGUGUUUAUCGGUACUGGUUUCAAAGGAGAUUUAAUUAUUCCAAUUGUAAUGGGUUUGAAUACGCAAAUGAAACAGAUAUGGAAUAAAUAUCUUUAUAAGUACGGCUGGACCCUAAUGCCAAUGCUGUUAAGACCAAAAAGUCGUGGACGGAUAAGAUUAUUAGCUAAUGAUGUUAAUGUUAAACCUGAAAUAGUACCCAAUUAUUUCGAUGAUAUGGAAGACGUUAAAACGAUGAUUGCCGGUAUUAAGGCUGCAAUAAAGAUCGGUCAAACGAAAGCGAUGCAGAUGUUUGAUUCGCAAUUGUCUAAUGAUACUAUUCCUGGAUGCGAAAAUUAUAAUUAUGAUUCCUUUGCUUAUUGGGAUUGUAUGAUCCGAACGGUCAUUUCUACUAGCUUUCAUUACUCCGGUACUUGCAAGAUGGGUUCAAAAAAAGAUCCAACUGCUGUUGUCGAUCCCAAAUUAAAGGUAAUCGAUAUUCAAGGAUUGAGAGUAGCUGACGCAUCCAUCAUGCCCGAUAUUGUAUCGGGGCAUCCAAAUAUACCUGUUUAUAUGAUAGCAGAGAAACUGGCAGAUAUGAUCAAGGAAGAAUGGGGUUAAAAGUAUUUGAAAGAUACAUUAAGUACGUAAAGUAUUUACAAAGAAUACAGUAGAUAUUGUCAUCUACAACCAAGAAGCUGGCAGAUAUAAUCAAGGAAGAAUGGGAAUACUUGAAGAAAUCACUAUCAUAUAAAAUAUUACUAUAAAUAUUAUUAUAUAAUAUUUUAUGAUAGUGACUUCUAAAUAAUUAUAUCACGUUACCAUGUGUAUAAUAUUUGAGACAAUUAAAGUUGUAAACAAAAUGAGUACAUUCAAUAGUAAAUAAAA